UUCUCGCAAGAAACCCAAUGCUCAUUUUGCUGUUUCUUUUUAUUCCAGCUCCAUGCGUCACCAUCAAGGUCAACUGCUCUCAACCAAACCAAGUAGCACUACUGGAGGCCUUGAGGCCCAUUUUUAGGAUGGGCGCCAUACGACCAGUCACAAACAUGACAACCCCUACUAAUGUCAGUUUACACUUCCUCCUCUAUGGAAUAUUAGGAGUGGUAUGUUCAAUUCAGUUUUAAUUAAUAUGUGUUGUUGUGCUAUGUACUAAAGGAAGCUGGGCGUCUUUUCUUCAGAAUGAGAAGGCGCAACUCCUGACAACUUAUCUUUGGCAACAUUUUAAAUGGCAGAAUGAGCUCGUCACAUGGGACCCAGUCCAGUGUGGCACCAACAAGAUUGCUCUUCCCCGACAGAAAUUUUGGGUUCCAGAUCUAAUCAUCAGGGAAUUUAUGGAUCAAGACAAAGCUCCAAUUGCUCCUUAUUUGAAUCUGCACAGCAAUGGAUUAAUGAAUGACGCAAAACCUGCCAGAGUUGUCAGUUCUUGUAACCUCGACAUCUACACCUUUCCUUUUGACACACAGGACUGCACUCUUACCUACAUCUCCCCCAUGAACUUGGCAAGCGACAUGAAGAUUUACCUGGCGAUGUCUGAUGAUGUCAUCACAGCGAAAUCCAAGACAGUGAUGACCACAUUAGGGGAAUGGGAGCUGCUCAGCAUUACUGCAGAUAAGCCUAAUAGCCAACAUGAUAGUUUACAGCCCUACGUCGACGAGCUUCAAUUUCACAUUCGAAUGCGACGCAGGUCCACCUUGUACGUGGUGAACUUGCUGCUCCCCAGCUCCUUCCUCAUUACAGUGGACCUUUUUAGCUUCCUGCUGCCUCCACAAAAUGUGGACCGCUCCUCUUUCAAGAUGACCCUCAUCUUGGGCUAUACCGUCUUCCUUCUCAUCAUGAAUGACCUGCUCCCUAUCACGGGAAACACCAUCCCCAUCAUCAAUGUGUUCUUGUCUUUGUGUCUGGCUCUGAUGGUGGCCAGUCUUCUCGAGACGAUUGUCAUCACCAACUGGUUGUUCAGCUCUAAAAAUGUCAGUCCUGUUCCUCCCUGGAUCCGGCUGCUUGUUCUGCACAUUCUGGGUCGUCUUGUUGGUCUACCAUGGAAAGAAGCCGAAGAGUCAGGUAUGCAAUGCAGAAGCGUGUCCAUACAGCAUGGAGCUGAGGAGGACUCUCACGAGGAGAAAGGACCAGUAGGGGAGAACAAGGCCCUGCGUGAGCUGAGGAGCCUUGGUGGAGACUUGAAGGUUUUACGCCUGCAAGUGGAGCAACAGCUGGACAGCACCCAAGCGUCAAAGGAAUGGAUGCAGGUUGGUUUCAUCAUAGACCGCCUGCUGUUUGGCAUCUACAUUUUCUUCCUAACUGUCAGCUUCAUCACCAUCAUGAUCAUCUGGGCCUACUCCUACAAGCAAUAGAUAACCUUUGUGACUCAGAAAUGUGGGUAAUGGGAUAGAUUAUCAAUUUAUUUUGUCUCAGAUAGCCCGUAUCAAAAUAUUGCUUGAUUACACACUCUUCUUAUCUGUAAACUUCAUUACCUUCAAGCAAGGGCGUCGGUUUGGUCUCAGUAUUGGUAGGGACGAUAUAACAGUACAACCUGCAUGUACACUUUUUGCUGGGGACGGGACGUUGAUAAGACCAAACGGACUGGGUGAAAGGCGGUCAGGGCUACAUUUCUCACUAAUGAGGAUCUAAUUAAUUGAUAGGCUAAAUGAUUAAUGCAAAAUUAAAUCUGUAUUGACUUAUACUAACUUUCACACUGCAAAUUUACAGUAUAACGUCUUGAGAAGAUACAUUUUCUUAAAUCUGGUUGAAUAUUUUUUUUUCAUCUUGUUUUGAGUUUUAAAGGCAACUUAACAGAUUAAUGUGUCGGAUUCUUCCACUUGCUUUUAGUAAAUAUUACUAUUUGUUCUUAUUAAGCCCAACAAUCUAAAAGUCAGUCAUUUUUUCACCUAAAUCAAGAAAAAAAUGCUUUUUGCUUAAAAUAAUUCUUAUUUUCAGCAAGGUAUUUUUCUUAUUUAAAAAAAUCUGAAUAAAAUUUACUUGAAGCACUGGCAGGUAAUUUCACUUAUUUCUAGUGGAUUUACACUGAAAACAAGGGAAUUUAAGUUUUUCUUUUUUCUGUUUUAAGGAGAUGGGCUUUUGCAGUGCAUAUGUAUAGGUUCAAGUGAUACACCGUUCGAUUCAAACCUUUGUUUUAAAAAACUACUAAAGAAACAUUUUGAAAACUUCCAGGAUAAAUGUCUGGAUUUUAUUAGCAAAUUUAAAAUGCAAUAUUUGAACACAAAUUUGUGUAUUAACACACAAAGAAAUAAUUAACAGAUUUGUAUAUCCUAACUAUCCAGGAAUGCAAAAAAAUAAACAUUUGUCUUAAUACAACCCAAAAUUGCCUGUAUAAAUAAAUUAAAUAUGACAACAAAACUUCUUAGUCAGGGAACAACAAAAAUAAAAAUAAAAUUGGAGCCUUCGUUCAGGAAAAACACUACUUUUGUUCACAAGCACAGCCAAACUCAACAAAAAAUGAAAGCUCCUUUGGGCUGCUUUAAGACCACAUAAGCAAAAUAAAAAUGAAAACUGAGAAGAAGGGGGUCAACCUUGGAUCAUUAAAUUUACAACUGAGCAGAGUUCACGAUAUUUCUCAAUUUAAUUAAUGUUAACAUAAUAGAAUACGCAUACAAAAGUACACUUCUCCUGAAGCAGCUUCCUAUACUCAGGUUAGCAAUGUAAUGGUAAUGCUAAACUGUGAUACAGGUCGGUCUUUCAGUAGCAAAGUUAAUGGUGCAUUUCCCACCUUCGUACGUUGGGUUUAAGUCAUCAGCCAAUGAAACGUACGUUUGAGGAAAAAAACAUGGACUGGCUCAUUCAGCAAGUGAUAAGUAGGUGAAUGUCUGAAAAUAAUAAAAACAAUUCACUUAAUAAUGGUACGGUCAAUUCUAUCGUUACAACAUAUGGGAAGACAAUCUAAAUUACCUCUGUAACUGAACACAUUAUAUAAUGAAAAUAAGGUUGCUUAAAAGUUGGUGGGGACAAUUUGAAUAUCCUGAAACAUUGUGUUUUGUCCCUACCGUUCCUAUGCAAACCUACGCCCUUGCCUUCAAGAUCAACUGGGGUUACAACUAAAGGCAGUAGAUGGCAGUUAUGACUAAAAAAUGCGUU